CUCCCGAGCAAUAUGAUGGACCUCACGCCGUCUUCUAUUCCGUUUCCAGGGCCUCAGUCCUCGGUACCGACAUCUAGAGGGUUUCCACCAGGGUUUAGUCAGAAUUUUGAAGCAGGCGCUGGAUAUCCCGGAGCCGGUGGGUAUAUAUAUCAACCUGUCGGCUCUGAUCCUAUCACCAUACCAGCCAAUAACGGCUAUUCACAACCUCCGAAUUUUCAACAAGCUCUCCAUGUUCAUAAUACCUUUGUACAACCAUCAUACCCUUUAUCUCAUCAAAUACAACCUUUGAAUAAUGGGGUAAUGCAUAAUGUUGGGAAGUCCAAAUCAAUCACCGGCAAUCAGUCAUCUGCUUUAUACAUCAAAACGGAGCCUAUGAACAUAAGUCGGAGACAACGUUCUCCUUCACCACAAUCAAAUUCGAUUCCUAAGCAGCCUUUAAAGCGAACUCCUUCUCGACGAAAAUCAAUUAAAAGUGAUUCAACUGCAACAUCAUUAGAUGCAAAGUCGGAAGAAGGCAGUAAUUCAGCAUCGUCGACUACACACCAACAAACGUUGUCUUCAGCAGGAAUAAAUGGUGCAUCAACUUCUUCAGCACCUGGAUCCCCGAAGAUAUUAUUAACGUCUGAAUCGAAUAAUAAUCAACCACCAUCAACACCAACACCAAAUCGAAGGGGAAAGAAAGGGCAUCAUGAACUUUUAACUGAAGCCGAGAAAAAGGCGAAUCAUAUUGCAUCAGAACAAAAAAGGCGACAAAACAUAC